AUGUCUUUCAAUUCUUCCGAGAGAACAAUCUCCGCCGCAGGUGGCUCUUCCCCGACUGGCACAAAUCCGCUCACCGGCGCCCACCACUUCAUCUCUAUGAAGUUAACAAGUAGGAACUUUCUUUUUUGGCGCACCCAGCUUCUUCCAUUCUUGCGUGGGCAAGACCUCAUCGGGUUCGUUGACGGCAGCACGCCCUAUCCUCCUCCGACCGUCGCUGCAACUCCUUCCGGCGAGUCGAGCUCCGGCGCUACCACGGCUGACACUAUCCGCAAUCUGGCACACAAGUUGUGGGUUCAACAGGAUCAAUCGAUCCUCUCCCUUCUCAUAUACUCGAUGUCCGACGAAGUCCUCCACCUCGCAGUUGGCCAGAACACCGCCGCGGAGGUUUGGCAUUCCAUCUGCAUGGUGGUAGGGUCCAACACCCAGGCGCGAUGUCUCAAUCUGCUAGGACAGUUCCAGUCCCUCCGGCAAAGGAAUGCGACGCCGGUGGACUACCUUGGUCGGGCAAAGCUUCUUGUUGAGGCGCUCGCCCAGGCCGGCCAACCUCUCUCCCUUGUAGAACAGACUCUGUAUGUCCUGAGGGGUCUUCGUCCGGAGUACAGAAUGUAUGCUGCCUCCCUGACUGCCAACUCUCCGGUGACCCACCCGCAGAUGGCAGAUUAUCUCCAGGCUGCCGAUUUUAUUCUGGCCGACGACUACCCAACAGCGGCAGAUGGUGGUCAUGAUGGCUCGCAUACCGCGCUCUAUGCUGGUCGUGGGCAUGGUGGAAGUAGCAGCUCUCAUGUUGAAGGUGGCCGGCGUGGUGGUCGCUGUAGUCGUAACAGCAAUCAGGGACGUGGUGGCCUUGGCGGAAUAGGUGCACCAAUGUGUCAGAUUUGCCGCUCACACGGUCAUACAGCAGUUUACUGCUUCAAACGAUACUCUACUCAACCUCCGGCUCAAGCCAAUGUGGCAGUUUCCGGCGACCACAAGGUGGCGCCCGUCCCUUCGCCGAAUGCAUGGUAUCCCGACACCGGCGCCACGGCCCCUGCCACGCCCGACGCCAGCAUGUUGAAUAGCUCGGACGACUAUGGAGGCUCGGACACGCUCCGGGUUGGAAAUGGUACAGGUCUGGCUAUCUCGCGGAUUGGCCUUGCAUCUAUCCCAUCCGUGUCAAAACAAUUAUUCAUGUCUAAUGUGUUGCACGUUCCUAAAUUAACCGUUCCAUUAUUAUCUGUCCAAAAAUUCGCUAAUGAUAAUCAAGUUUAUUUUGAGUUUCAUGACAGUUGCUUUCUUGUGAAGGAUUCCAAAACCAAGGCCACACUUCUUAAGGGUCCUAUCUCGGGCGGUCUGUACCAGCUACCUGUGUCACGAUGUCACUUUGCGUUUGUUAGUUCCCGUGCUAAACCGGCAGGAAGGCAUCGCAGGCUUGGUCACCCACACAGUCUAGUUCAAAAUAAAGUCCUCCAGAAUUACCCAGUUCAGCCAAAUAAUGCCAAAGAUUUGGGGUCGUGCACAGCUUGCCAUCUCGACAAGUCCUCUUGA